UUUUUAAAAUAUUAUAUCAUUAUUAUUAAAUUUACUUGUAACCUAUAUUAAUUUCUAUAAAUAAAUUUAAUUUUUACAGGUAAUAUAAAAAAUCAGUCACCCUUGAAACAAUAGAAACUCGCACACAGCAUAACACUUUCUCAGGGUUUUCCCCUGAUUUUGGGAAAGUUUCAAGACAAGGGACGGCCUAAUUCGACAUUGUUUUUUACUUUGAUCCGGUCGAGGUGAUUUUCGUUUACCAGCGCGUCAAAUCUAUUUACGUAGAUAUGGAUAUCAGGGAAUUUUUUAUGUUGCUUGCUAUAAUGUUGUGUACACUUUUGUGUUAUUGUAAAUCUGAAGAACAACUAAUGCAGUUAUCAAGAGAUGAAGAGUUGGAAAUAGAGAACCGACUUGAGCGAUUGAACAAGUCAUCCGUCAAGAGUAUAAAAACACAAAAUGGAGAUACAUAUGAUUGUAUCGAUUUUUACAAACAACCAGCAUUUGAUCAUCAUUUACUAAAGAACCACAUAUAUGAUUCUCAGAUAAAACCUUCUUCUCGUCCUAAAGUGAUGACGAAUGAAAAGUCUCGAAAUGAUGUGGAGCAAAUAUCAAUAAAUAACAUGUUUAGCAAUGAAACAUGUUCAUCUGGAACCGUUCCAAUAAGAAGAUAUACCAAGGAAGAUCUAGUUAGAAUCAAAUUAUUUACCAAGUCUUAUUCUGCAAGAAUUCGUUCCAUUAAUCUGGAAAAUGCUAGUUUUCAUCAUGCGAUUGUUCGAACAAAAUUUGAUCCGAGCAAAAAAUACAAUGGAGGUUGGACAAAAGCAAGCUUUUAUACAUUGGAUGUUAUUGGCUUACAAUAUACUUCAAGUCGAAUGAAAUUGCAAAAUGGAGUUGAUAGCAUUCAAGCUGGUUGGACAAUAAAUCCUACAUUAUAUGGAGAUAGUAAAACUCACGUUUUUGUAUUUUUUCAAGCUGGUGAAUUAUCUUGUUUUAAUACGAUGUGUCCAGGUUUUGUUUUAACUAGCCCUCGUGCUAUAGCCGAUUAUAUUCUAGAUGAAAGACACCCGGGUACUUUUCCUGUAAGGGAAUUUAAAAUCACUAUUUAUCGGGAUCAAAUGACUGGAAAUUGGUGGCUUGAGUUUGGAGAUAUUCAAAUUGGGUAUUGGCCAUCUAGCAUAUUUACUGACUUGAAAGAUUUGGCUACGUAUGUUGACUGGGGAGGAGAAACUUAUAGUCCAAUUGGUCAACCUGGUCCUCCGAUGGGUUCUGGUUUAUUUCUAAAACAUGAUGCUCGUUAUGAUACAUAUUGUCGACAAUUAUCACUUAUAAAUGAGGCCCACAACUUAGAAGAUGCUAAAAGUACAGAAAGUUUUUCUAGUGAUGUUGACUUUUAUCAAGUAGAAAAUUGGGGAUAUAAACCAUAUUUUGGAUAUGUCAUGACAUAUGGUGGACCUGGCCCUAGAUAAUUUUAUAUUACUAAAUAAUUGUUGAUAAAAAAAUGCAUUACUUUUAUUGAUAGACUUAUGUUUUUAAACAUAAUUACUCAAUUUUUUUUAAUAAUUUCUUCUAA